AUGCACGGUCACAGAGUCACUGUUUUGGGGGUAUACGGGGUCAAUGAUGAUGCUACCAUCGCACUUAAGGAUCAGUUUUUUGAAGAACUGGACGAGGAGGUAGUGAAGGUAGGACCUGGGAGAGAAGUCCUUGUGUUGGGAGAUCUAAAUGGAAGAACGGGAUCCCGGGUUAACAGUAAAAUCGUCGGCCCGUUCGGUGAAGUUACGGUGAACGACAACGGAAGCCGCAUUAUCGACGUUUGCGAGCAGAGGGAAUUAAAAGUAUUGAACGGGUUCUACCAACACAAGGAUAUUCACAAAUAUACUUGGGUCCAACCUACCCGCGGCUUAAGAUCCAUCAUUGACUACGUGCUCGUUAAACAGGUAACAAACCUGAAGAUCCAGCAGGUGAGAGUAUGUAGAGGACUCUCCUGCGGUAGUGACCACUAUUUCCUCAGAGCGGAUGUAGCCUUUCCCGCUCGGGUGUCGCAGAACGAUCGAGGCGACAAUCAACAACCGGAGCGACAACGCGUACAUCAAGUUCAGUACAACAUCGAUAGCCUAAAGCACCCGAGUGUCAAGGCUCUGUACGCAAAGCGCCUGGAUGAAAAGUUAGGAGAUGCGUGCGAUGGCAGUACAGAAGAGCGGUAUGAGUUCAUCAAGAAUUGCGUUCACUCGGCGGCAGCGGAGGCCCUGGGGAUUUCUGAUCAAAAAAAUGAUAACAGAAAACCGUACUGGUGGGAUGCGGAGGUAGAGGAGGAAAUAAAUGUGAAAAGGAAUAGGUAUCAUCAGUUUCUCUCUUCCCAAAAGUUGGAUGAUAAAAUUAUGUACAGACAGGCUCAAGCAAGAGUCCGUCGGGUAAUUACUAGGAAGAAGAAUGAGGCUUGGGAAGAGAGCUGUAUGAAGAUAAAUACCUACCUUGGAGGUCGGAAAAGUACGGAAGGCUGGAAAGUGAUCAAAGGGUUGCGGCGGAAUAAAAUGCGCGACAUCAUAUCUCCGAUACCAAUUGACAAGAUGGAAGACUAUUUUAAAGAUUUAUUAACGGAGAGGCGACCCGAGUUUCAAGGCGGAGUCAUAGGCACUAAAGAAGAUUCCAACGUGGAGAUCCAGCUCCAAGAUGUAGUGAAGGCUGUGAGGGAGUUGAAAACUCGCAGAGCUCCUGGACCUGGGGGUAUACCGGCAGAAUUGAUAAAAUGUGGCACCGGUAAACUAUUUGAACAUCUUCGGAAACUUAUGCAAGACUGUUUGCAUGGUUCCGAAAUACCAAAGGAUUGGAAGGAAUCUUGGAUUACUCCCAGUCAUAAGAAAGGUAGUAAACAAGAUUGCGAUAAUUACAGAGGUAUAUCGGUCACAGGAACCUUGAGCAAGGUCUAUGGUAAAAUUCUCAAGGCAAAGGUCGAAGAGUUUUGGAGCGGCCAGGAAGCCGAAGAACAGGCUGGUUUUAGAGCCGGUAGGUCCACCGUCGACCAUCUGUUCACCAUUACCCAGGUCAUCGAGAAGAAAAGGGCGGUCAGCCAGGAGCUGCACUUGGUGUUUGUGGAUCUUCAGAAAGCUUAUGACAGUGUGCCGUUAGUAAUCGAUGGAAAAAUAGGUGAUAUUGAAACUCCUCCAGAAAAUGCUAGUGAAGAGGAACCUAAAAAGUUUAAGAAAUAUGGGGACUAUUACAAGAAAGCAAACAGUGUUGCUAAAUCGACGAUCGCUAGUGCCGUCACAGAUGAGGUAUAUCAGAAGAUCAUGGAUUCAAGAACCGCGUUUGAAGCAUGGAAAGCCCUAGAAGUUCUGUUCGAGCAAACCUCAAAGGAUCAGAACUAUGAGAAUGUCGGUCCAUGCCUGUACUUCCACGUAUACUUGAUAGAGUGCGUUGGAAAUCCCAAUGGGAGCCCGUGA